GCAUGAUCCCCGCAUUCACCAACCCAUCCUCAUUAUUUCAUUCCUUGACUUCCCCUGCCAGUGAGAAGUACCCUGAUCAAUAUGUCUAUGACCCUGCAAGAUUGUGUAACUGUGAGGGAGGGAUUUCCCCGACCCUUCCCCAACACCCCUACCAACGUCCUGGAACAAUUCUCCCUGCGGGGAAAGGUGGUGGUGAUCACGGGCGCCGCCGAUGGCAUCGGAUAUGCUGUGGCCGAAGCCAUGGCUGAAGCGGGGGCUGACCUUGCCAUGUGGUAUAACUCCAACGACGUGGCAGUUUCCAAGGCCCAGUCCUUGUCCCAGGAACAUAAUGUCAAGGCCACCGCGUACAAGGUGGAUGUGUCAAAUCCCGACACUGUCCAAAGCAAAAUCCAGGAAGUUGUGAAUGAUUUUGGGAAAAUGGAUGUUUUUAUCGCUAACGCGGGGAUGGCAAUCUCGAAACCACUUCUGCAACAAACUCUGGAGGAAUACCGCAAGCAGAUGUCGGUGAAUGUUGAUGGCGUUCUGUAUUGUGCCAAAUACGCCGGGGAAGUCUUCCAGCGCCAGGGCUUCGGCAACUUGAUCAUCACGUCCAGCAUGAGCGCCCAGAUCGUCAACGUCCCGGUGGACCAACCCGUCUACAACGCCAGCAAGGCGUUCAUCACGCACUUCGGCAAGUCUCUCGCUCGGGAGUGGCGGGAAUUCGCCCGCGUCAAUAUUGUUUCCCCCGGAUUCUUCGACACUAAGAUGGGCGCGAGCACAGAGACGGUACAGGAGGCGUACCGAAUGACGGUGCUGGGACGUCAGGGCCACACCAAGGAAAUUAAAGGCCUGUAUUUGUAUCUGGCUAGCGAUGCCUCUACGUACAUGACGGGGAGUGACGUGAUUAUUGACGGGGGAUAUGUACUGCCGUAG